CCCGCCCCUCUAUGCUUGGCCUUCCUGCUCUCGGUUCCGCCUCCAGGGAGCCCGGCGCACUCUUGGCUGGGGUGAGGCUGGCCGCGGAAGCACGUUCAUCUCUGUGUUACGGCGUCUGGUCAGCAGUGGAGCCGUCGGUGUCGACGAGGCCGGCCAGGGCGGCGCCAUGGGAGGCCCUAGACGCCCCCGCCCGCCUCCUGCUGCGGGCGCUGCAGACCGGGCCCGACGGCGCGCGGCGCGGGCUGGCGGUGCUGCGUGCGCUGGGCCGCCGCCCGGAACCCUUCGCCUGGGGCGGCUUCCUUGAGAAGCUAGGCCGCUCGGAGCCGAUGGUCUGGGGGCCCGACGGCCGCAUGGAGUUGACCCCACUGUUGCUGCGAUUGCCUGGACUGUGCCAGAGGAACCUGAUGUCCCUGCUGAUGGCUGUCCGACCCUUGCUGCCUGAAGGCAGACUCCACUCUGUGCUGCAGCUCACCCAGCAAGACAGUGCACCUGCCCCAGAUGCCUGGCUUCAAGCCCUGGGGACCUUGCUUCAAAGGGAUGUAGGGGCUGGGGUCACUAUGGAAGGAACCUCUCCACUGUCCACAAGCUGUCAGAGCCAGCUCCGAGGCCUAUGUGGGCAACUGGGCCAGGGGGGCAAGAGGCUGAAAUUGGGUCUCGCUCCAGACCCUGAAGAGGAAAAGAACUGGUGCUCCCAGCUAUGUGAAAAACGCAGGAAAGAGCCAGAGGAAGAGCCUGUGAGUCCUGAGUCAGAAAGAGCCCUUAAAAGGUUCCGGGGUUGUGAAGAGGAGGAAGAAAAGGACUGUGAAGAAAGCCCCAAGCCAGAGUCACUGGAUUCCCAGACAGAUGCAAGAGGGGUAUCACUCAUCUCAAAUCUGCCUGUCACAGGAGCCGAUCCCCCUGAGGCUGGCCUGGGUGUGGAGAAGGCCAAGGGUCCGGCUGAGAAUGUGGAAUUGCCCAAAGCUGUCCAGGAUCAGUUGCCCAGGCUGCAGCAGCUGCUGAAGAUCUUCCAGAAGGGGUUGGAGGGCCUGGAGGACGAGCCCCCUGUGGAGCUGCAGUGUCUCCAUGAAUGUAAUCCAAGCCAGAUGGAGCUAUUGUGCCGCCAGCUGCAGCUGUCCCUGCUCCCUGACGCAGGCCUCUUGCAGCUCUGCAGCCGACUACUGACUCUUGUACCUACCCUUAGCAUCAGCAAUGCCACCGUGCUGGUCAAGAGCCUCUUUCUUGAAAGGAUCCUCUCUCUGACAUCAUCAGCUUCCAGGCUGCUCAGAGCUGCCCUAACCUCCUUCUGUAUGAAGUAUACCUACCCUGUCUGCACAGCUCUUCUUGGCCCCUUGCUUCAGGAUCCAGGCACAGGUCCAGUGCAGAUAGAAUUACUCUGUUACCUUAUAAAGGAUAAUUCUCUGGAGCCAGACAUGCAGGUCCAGAUGCUGGGGCAGGUGGUGGAGCUGGCCUGGAGGGAAGAGACAUUCCUGGUAUUGCAGGCGCUCCUGGAGAGGCAGCUAGAGAUGGCCCCUGAGAUGUUCGGCAUCUUGAUGGAGAAGCUCUGUAAAGAGGGGCUGGCAGCCACCACCUCCAUGGCCUAUGCUAAACUCAUGCUGACAGUGAUGACCAAGUACCAGGCUAAUAUCACAGAGCACCAGCGCCUGGGCCUGGCCAUGGUCCUAGAACCCAACACCACCUUCCUGAAGAAGUCCCUGCAGGCUGCACUGAGACAUCUGGCCCGCUGACCAUCCAUUAGGACACUCUGCCUCAAUCUCUUGACACAGAAUGCCGACUCCUCCCGGCCCUACACUCCAUGUGCAGAGGCCAUCUUAGCUCACAGCCAGCAGGGGAGGAGGACCUGAGCCCAGGGGCUGGCUGUCAAUCACUUUUCAGACUGGGGGACCUCAGAGGAUCAGUAACAGAUGUGUGGUACUCUGGGAGGGCUGGGGCACCUGUGUGCUUGGCAUGAAUCUCUUGUACUCCAGGUAGAUGUUGUGACCCUUUGUUUUUGUUUCUGAAUUGAAUAAUUUUGUAAUAGUUUUUUAAUAAAAAGCAGGAAGUUCAGCUUGGCA